UCAAGCUGUCUUGCCGGGCUGUGGGCGUCCACCCGCCCCUGGAGCUGUCCCACUACCAGAUCAAGUUUGCGGCCACGGCCCUGUAUGACACCGCGGUGGCCAAGCUGUACGUCAUCAACUCCCACCUGAGCAUGAGCUCACUGACCCACUCCAAGCCCCGCAUUGGCUCAGAGGACGCCUCUCCUGUGGGGCCCACGUCUUUCGAGUUCCUGCUGCCCCCAGACUCGCCUAUCACCAUCUCACCCUCGGUGGGGACCGUGUGGCCAGGAAAGAGGUGCCUGGUCCAGGUGGCCUUCCGGCCCGUGCUGCCCGAGAAGCUGAUCCGCCAGGAAGCUCUCCCACUCCUGAACAAAGAAAUGGAGCCCAAAUUCUUCCGAAAGGACCCGGCUGCCCAGAGGAAGGGCCUGCAGAGACUGUCAUUCUCCCUUCUGCGAGUGCAGAAUCGCGACAAGCUAUUCAGAGUCUCUGUCCCCCACGUCCUGGAGCUGCAGAAGCGGGAGCUGAAGCCCAGUUCCGACGAGUACCAGGCCGCCCGAGCCACCCUGGCCAGAGCGUUCCAGGCGAAGUUUGACACAUUUGUGGUUCCCUGUGUUGUUGCCAGUGGCUACAUCAACGACAAGGGAUCGGAGCCCCUGAGCUUCAGCCCCCACAACACCCUCUACCUGGAGCUGUGGUGCCCCAGUGUGGCACCGUCUGUCGUGGUGACGUCCCAUAAAGGCAAAACCAUCUUUAACUUCGGCGAUGUCGCUGUGGGGCACCGCAGCGUCCAGAAGGUCUCCAUCCAGAACGUCUCACCCGAGGACCUGGCUCUGGACUUCUCACUGCUGAACCCCAACGGCCCCUUCGUCCUGCUGAACCCCUCCAGCCGCCUGCGCGCGGGCGAGACCCAGGUCCUGGUGCUGUCCUUCUCUCCCCACGAGAGCAUCCUGGCUCAAGAAACACUGGACAUCAUCACCAAGAGAGGCACGCUCACCCUCACCCUCCUGGGCACUGGGGUGGCGUCCAUGGUCACGUGCUCCAUCGAAGGCGACGUCCUCAACAUGGGCUAUGUGAUUGCCAGAGAGUCUGUGUCCUCCAGCUUCAAGCUACAGAACAACUCCGUGCUCCCCGUCACCUUCUCCAUGCACCUGGACAGCCUCUCCAGGACCCGGGCCGAGGACCAGCAGCAGCUGCCGCAGUUCCUCAGCUCUUCCUCCCAGAGGACAGAGGUGGUCGGGACGCAGAACCUCAGUGGCCAGAGCGUGUUCAGUGUGGUCCCGGUCAAGGGCGUCAUGGACCCCGGGAAGACGCAGGACUUCACUGUCACCUUCAGCCCGGACCACGAGAGCCUCUACUUCUCCGACCGGCUCCAGGUCGUGCUCUUUGAAAAGAAAAUCUCCCACCAGAUCCUGCUGAAGGGUGCUGCCCGUGAGCACAUGAUGUUCGUGGAGGGCGGAGACCCCCUGGAUGUGCCUGUGGAGUCUCUGACGGCAAUCCCCAUAUUUGAACCCAAGCACAGAGAAGCCAGCUCCCGGCCAGGCCCUCCCUCUCCAGAAGCCGAGGAGCUGAGGCCCAUCCUGGUGACUCUGGACUACAUGCAGUUGGACCCGGACACGCCGGCCCCCCCCGCCACCCGAGAGCUGCAGGUGGGCUGUAUCCGGACCAGCCAGCUGUCUCCGAAGAAGACCGUGGAGUUCAGCCUGGACAGCGCCGCGUCCCUGCAGCACAAGGGCUUCUCCAUUGAGCCUUCCAGGGGCUCCGUGGAGCGUGGCCAGACCAAGACCAUCAGCAUCUCCUGGGUGCCACCUGCGGACUUUGACCCCGACCACCCACUUAUGGUGUCAGCCCUGCUGCAGCUAAGGGGGGAUGUGAAGGAGACCUACAAGGUCAUCUUUGUAGCCCAGGUGGUGACCUAAGCCUCUGCACGGAGCACCCUCGGGCCCCCCGCGCACCCUCAAAGCCCUCCCCAGCUGAGGGCCAGGCCAUAUGAGCCUAGACCUGGACAUCCCCUGCCAGGCACAUUCCCAUGGGCUGCCCUCCACCUGGCACUGCCACGGCCACUUCCUGCUGCCCUGGACCCAGCAAGCCCAGGGACAUCCAAGAGCACCCCCUCCCGAGACUCCACACUCAGAGCCAGCUGUAAGGCCAGGCCAGCCCAUAGCCAUCCUGGCCAGAGCCCCUCAGAGCCCCCUGCCCACAAGGAGACCUCGCCCCACAGCCUGUCAAUAAACUUUCUGUA